AUGACCGCCCCGCCCGACAAGAAGCUGCGCGACAACCUCGAGCAAUACGAGCAGCUGUUUGGCGCCGACGAAGACGCCUUCGACCAGCCCACCACCACCCGCAAGGAGCUCUGGUCCUACUACCUCUACUACAACGGCGACAACGGCGUUGGGCCCGGCUCCUAUAGCCAGACACUGCGAUCCGCUCUGACCUCUGCCGGCCACGACCCUCAGAUCUCGCCGCCCGUCGCCGGCAACUGCGGCGAUGGCGCAUGCGUCGUUCCUUGGGGCAAGGGCACUCGCAGCGUUGCUUCAGUCGUGCUCAUCGCCAACGGCCUCUGUUUCGCCAUCAUGACGCUGCUGUUCGUGUGGCUCGGCAGCGCUGCCGACUACGGCUCCUUUGGCCGCUGGCUGCUGCUCGUCCUGACCGUCAUUUGCUGGGUCUUCCAGUACGGCUUCAUGAGCGUCAAGGGUGCCCAGCAAUGGCACACGGCCAUGGGCCUGUACAUUGUGAGCUACAUCGCCUACGGUGCCACUCUGGUCUUCUACGCCGCUCUGUUCCCGCGCCUGGCCAGAUACAUGCCCCACGUGCGCAAGGCCCGUGAAGAGGACCUGAAGGAAGGCAAGAUCAGCCAGGAGGAAUACGACGAGCUCGAGAGCCUGGAGCGGAACCACCUGUCCAACAUCUCCACCGCCCACUCCAACAUCGGCUACCUCCUCACCCUCGCCAUCAACCUGAGCGUGCUGCUCCCCAUGCAGGGCAACGACUACGCCAACAACUGGGCCCUCUUCCUGACCAACACCUACUGGAUCGUGCUCGGCAUCUGGUGGUUCAUCUUCCAGCAGCGCCGCCCGGGCCCGAAGCUCCCCGCCGGCUCCACCUACGCCACCAUCGGCUGGAAGCAAGUCGUGCUCGCCCUCAAAGAAGUCCGCCACCUCCCGCAAACCUUCACCUACCUGCUCGGCUUCUUCCUGCUCGCCGACGGCCUCAACACGACGGGCACGCUCGUCGGCAUCAUCCAAGCCGACCAGGUGCACUUCUCCUUCCUGCAAAUCACCUACCUCGGCCUCACGCAAGCCGUGUGCUCGACCUUCUCCACCCUCGCCUUCUGGCACGCCCAGCGCCGCUUCCGCAUCAGCACGAAGCGCAUGUUCAUGCUCACCAACCUCUUCUCCGUGCUGAUCCCCUUCUACGGCAUGCUCGGCCUGUGGACCUCGCGCGUCGGCUACCACCGCGUGCGCGACUUCUACCUGUACAACGUCGUCUUCGGCCUCUUCCAGGCGCCCUACUACGCCUACGCCCAGACCAUGAUGAGCGAGGUCACGCCCCGCGGCUACGAGGGCAUGUUCUUCGGCCUGUACGGCAUCACCAACCGCGCCAGCUCCGUCAUCGGCCCCAACGUCGUGCAGGCCAUCGUCAACGCCACGGGCGACAACUGGAUGGGGUUCCCCUUCUUGGUCGCCCUGUGCGCCGCGGCGAGCGUGGUGAUUUGGUUCGUGGAUCUCGAGAGGGGGAGGGAGAGUUGCAGGCGCUAUGUCGAGGAGAGGAAGCUGUUGCGUGUGGCGAGGGAGAGCGGGAGGACGGUCGAGGAUAUCGUUGAGGGUGCGGCGAACGCGGCCGCGGCCGAUGCGGGUGAAGAUGGGGGAGUGGCUACGGUGGUUGUGGAGACGGUAGAUGGUGGCGGUGGUGAGAGGAAGAAGCUGUGA